UCAAUGGUUGUAGCCGAUGUGGUUCUAGAUGAAAGCUGCAACUCUUGUGGAGUUCAUCAUAACCUGUCCAGAGUAUCCACUAUCUUACCUGUCGUCUCGGUUGAUGAUGCUUUAGAAUUCUUGGUACAACUUUGUAGCGAACUAACAGAUCAGGAAAAGCACAACGUGUGGAGUAUACUGCAGACAGCAGAAAGCAAAUACUUCAGACAGUACGUGCCAAAAGAAAGGGACUCCUUGGCAGGGCACAAGUUACAAAUUGUGCUACAGUGGUUUAGAUCUGAUGAAACUAAAGAGCCCCAGAGGUUGACCUUUAUUCUAAAAGCUCUGUCUUAUGUUGAGCAGAAAGUUCUGUACCUACUCAGAGAUUUCCUUACACCAUACAGUGAUCUGAAGAGUGAAGACGACUUUAAACCAGAUGCUACUCAUUGUCCCUGGUCGGGACAAUGGCCGUGUUUCUCGGAGAGAAGUGGGUGUGUGGACUUCAUCUCCCGGCUACCAGUUACCGUCUCUAAACUCAUUCUCUGUUUUGUGGGGGUCAACAACAUUUGGGGUGCUAGGCUCGUUUCUAAACGCUGGUACAUGAUAAUAAAGGAAGUGUUGAGGGAGCACAAACAGUUUCAAGCGCAUGUGUUCCGUUGCAGAGCGCUGCGCCCCGCCAUGCGCAACGUCAACCCCACAUUUGCUAACAAAGUGGCACUGUGUUUCACAUCCGGGGUGUGCACCACUGGUCACCCUUAUGUCAGUGAGGAAGAGCCGGGAUCUACUAAGGUUAUUCUAGAAGAAAGGAAUGUGUACUGCGCGGCUUACCACGUGCAUAAUCUCUAUAGAUUCAAAGAUCCGCACAGACAGUUGCAUUAUUGUCGAGGCAAAUAUUUUGCUAUUGGUUCAAAUGAUAGACGAAUACACAUAAGGUCCAUGGAAACGGGUAAGCUACACAAGACAAUAAUGGGGCAUGCUGGUAGUAUACAGUCAUUGUUGCUCAUAGAGAAACUCAGAAUAGUAAUUUCAGGAAGUUACGAUCUGACGAUCAGGGCGUGGUCGAUAGAAACAGGGGCCUACCUGCGGUUGUGGAGAGGACACCGGGGAACUAUAUCCUGUCUAGAUCACAACGACACUCUGCUGAUAUCUGGGGCUCGUGAUAGUAUGGUAAAGGUCUGGUAUCUGAAGAAGGCGAUGAUAAAGCGCACUUUUCACCAUCCCCGUCCCAUUAUAUCAGUAAGGUUGCUCGGAGACAGAGCUGCUGUUGGUACAGAGUCACAUCACUUAUACUUGUGGGACAUUAACCAGGGAACCAAAUUAAAGGUUUUCAGCACUGUUGGUGCUGUAUACUGUGUGAAUAUAACUCCACAUUUCAUAAUGGGAGGAGCACACAAUGUCAUGUACAUUUGGAACAUGAUAUCUUUGAAGGAGGCCCCAAUGUUCACCCUUCCUCACCCAGGGCGUGUGUUAUCAGUGCAGUAUUGCUACGUGCGGUGUGUGACUGGGUGUGACGACGGAAAGAUAAGAGUUUGGAGUUUGGUAUCUGGGGACUGUAUCAAGGUUAUACGAGCCAAUGCAAAGGGAGAUCCCAUCACAGCUCUGUUUGUAGAUAUUGAUAGGUUGGUGAUUAACACAACAAGUACUGUUAUAUCCCUCAACUUCAUAUCUACUACCUGGGACUACUGCUCUCAGAGGUUCUCCGAGGAGAAGAGGCAGAGCCAAGAGGGGCCGGGAGACAACAAGAGGACGCUUAAAAGAAGAUGUAAAUCAGCUGUUCAGCUUAGAACACACAUCAAGAACAUGACGACAAAUCUUUCUGGUCAGGGAGCAGUGAGAGAACUAUCAGACUUCCAGAAGACUGGCGUAAUGACAGGAACAGCUCCCGAACAAUACAGAACAACAGCUGUGGAUACUAAAAGUGAGGUAGUGGAACAAUACAGAACAACAACUGUGAAUCCUAAAAGUGAGGAACCCACCGCCCCACGUGCACCGCCUCCGUCUCCCAGAGAACCUGAAAACAUCAAGACUACAGUUGUAGAAACGGCAACGAAGCAGAUGUUGUUUGAUGAUGUAUUCCAGAGGGGUCCCAUCUCAUACUGUGGUCUCAUUAGUCAGCCUAACACAGAGAUACUCCACAACACAUCCUCAGGUGGGAGAGAAGGCUGGAACACCACACAGUGCAAGACUACUCCUAGAACUGCUACCAUGGUAACAGGUCCUACUAGAGGACAGUACAAUUCUGAGCAGCUCAAGAAGAUGAAGUCCAAGAGACCAAGUUCAGCUCCGUUUGUCAGUGCUAGUCUCAGUGUCCACGGACACCUGCCUUCCUUCGCUACACGGCGUCCUAACACUGCCUCCCUCAUUCAACACAGAGUCAAUGUAAUGCCCGCAGAGCGGUGGCAGAGCACGUGGCAGAGGUUGCUAUCGGACAUUCCCGAGAAAACCCCUGAGGGGGUGAUUAGGGUACAGCAAAACAUACCUCAACCAAACAUUCCUCAACCAAACUCAUCCCACUCUAACAACUACAAGGGGCCGGUGCGGAGACCGAAAACAGCAACUGCUAGAAUCCGCUAUUGAGGGAGACAGUGGAGCAGACUUGUUUACACUUCAUCAAAUUCAAUCCUCUGACCUCUACCCAGAUCUGAAGAUAGAGCUGCAGUCAUGAGGGUGAGUGUAAUCGAUAUGCAAGAGAGCAAAUAAGAUAAGGAGAAAAGCUUUUGUGAUCAUCUUAGUGGACCAUCUCGACCACUACACCGUACACUGACAACACUGAAGCUUCAAGUUCAAAUUGGCGGACACUAUCCCCAUAAAAUUAAAAAAAUGGAACCCGUAUACAAAUUUCCAUAAAAAUGUUGGAUUGUGAACAAACAACAGUGAAUCGUUUGCAGCCACUUUUGAGGCACCAUUGUAAAAGCUUUCUACAAUACUUAUGUGCAAAUUUCAUGAAUUUAAGACAGAGGUAUACAACUUUUUGACUUUAAUACUGAUUCAGUAUUUGAUGGUCUAUUUUGUAUUUGAUUAUUACAGAUUAUAUUCUUUAUUUUUACUUUAUAAGAUGGAUAAAUAUAUAUUCUUUUAAUUU